UUUCAGAAAAUGUCUGUUGUCGCUAAGAGUUAUCAUAAGGAUGCCGAUCCAGUGGUGGCUUAUUGCUCGGAGCACACCGUCGUCCAAGCUCCUCUCCAAGUUGAGCUUCAAAAUGAGACGCUCGCCAACGCUCCCCACGCUGGAAUGCUAGGAGCUCCUGAAGUUCUUACAUUUGGUCAGAACUUUAUCAAAAUGUUUGGUGGAAAGAGAGCGCUUGAUGUUGGGACAUUCACCGGAGCAUCUGCAUUAGCCUGGGCUCUCGCUGUUCCAGAUGAUGGAGAAGUUUAUACGUUUGACAUUGAUCACACCAAUUAUCACAAGUUCGGAGUUCCAAUCCUCUCCAAAUGCGAGAAAACUUUCAAGAAGAUCAAGCCAGUGGAAGGGCCGGGAGUAGAGAGUUUAGACAAACUGAUUGCCGACGGACAAUCCGGAACGUUUGAUUUCGCAUUCAUCGACGCCGAGAAGACCAGCUACCCUGCAUACUACGAGAAAUGUGUUACCCUACUCCGCCCGGGUGGGGUCAUUUUUGUGGAUAACAGCCUUCGCGGUGGCUCCGUAGCUGACGAGAAAAGACGAGAAGAUCCAAAUUGUCGUGCGAUUCACGAAAUGAAUGACAAGAUCUAUCAAGACGAUCGUACCUACUCGGCGCUUCUCAAUCUUGGCGAUGGAACUCAUGUGGCUUUCAAGAAAUAAUUGAAUAUAUCUAAAGAGAACUUUUUGAAAUAAAUAAAGCAUUUUUGAUCUACUAUAAUU